GGGCGCUGUAAUCCGCGAGCCAGAGGGAGCCGGCGAGCGAGGGCUGCUGCCGAGUCGAGCUGAGGCGUCGCGAGAGACCCACAAGUUUUGUCCGCGCGCGUCGGUGAGAAGCCCCUGAACAUACAGCCCCUCUCAGUAGCCCAGCUUUUGUAAACUCGUGCCGCUUGCUGCUUGUCUGAAAGCAUUUUGUCAGAGGAGGGAAGGUACUGACUUCAAGAGGAAGAAAUGAACUCUACGGAAAUCCCCAUCCAGACGGAGAUGGUAGACCUGGUGCCAAAUGGAAAACACUCAAUAUUAAAUGCCUCUUCCAUCUCCACUAUGGGAAAUGACAGAUUUGAUGAGAACCAAGCACAUGUACCGGAGAUGGAGGAGUUUCUUCCACAUGGUGCUGAAAAGAAGCAGACCCAUUUCACAGAUUUUGAAGGGAAGACUUCUUUUGGGAUGUCUGUUUUCAAUCUCAGCAAUGCCAUCAUGGGCAGUGGGAUCCUUGGGCUGGCAUAUGCUAUGGCCAACACUGGCAUCCUCCUCUUUCUAUUCCUCUUGACUGCUGUAGCUCUCUUGUCCAGCUAUUCUAUACACUUGCUGCUUAAAUCCUCAGGGAUUGUUGGAAUCCGAGCCUACGAGCAACUGGGCUACAGGGCCUUUGGGACACCAGGGAAAUUGGCAGCUGCCAUUGCUAUAACACUACAAAACAUUGGAGCAAUGUCAAGCUACUUAUACAUUGUGAAGUCUGAACUGCCUCUCGUCAUCCAGACCUUCCUCAACCUGGAGGAGAAAACAACGGACUGGUAUCUGAAUGGAAAUUACCUGGUAAUCCUGGUCACUAUCACCAUUAUCCUUCCUCUGGCCCUCAUGAAACAACUUGGUUAUCUUGGUUAUGCCAGUGGGUUUUCUCUCAGCUGCAUGGUCUUCUUCCUUAUUUCAGUCAUUUACAAAAAGUUCCAGAUUCCUUGUCCACUUCCUGAGCGGAUCAACACUACAGGCAAUCUGAAUUACUCCUUGGUUAGCACGAGCAAUUAUCAAAAUGAACACACUACUAUCCAGGCUACAGAGGAAGACACUUGCUCUUCAAACUUGUUCAUGCUCAACUCUCAGACAGCCUACACCAUCCCUAUCAUGGCAUUUGCUUUUGUGUGUCAUCCUGAGGUCCUUCCUAUCUACACUGAGUUGAAAAACCCAUCCAAGAAGAAGAUGCAGUGUAUCUCCAACAUUUCCAUCACAGUCAUGUAUAUUAUGUACUUCCUAGCCGCCCUAUUUGGCUAUCUCACAUUCUAUGGGCGGGUAGAAUCAGAGCUGCUACACACCUACAGCAGAGUAGACUCUUUCGAUGUGCUGAUCUUGUGUGUGCGGGUAGCUGUGUUGACUGCUGUGACACUAACAGUGCCCAUUGUUCUCUUCCCGGUGCGGCGUGCAAUCCAGCAGAUGCUCUUUCCAGACAAGGAUUUCAGCUGGAUUCGGCACAUUAUAAUUGCUUUUGUGCUACUGACAUCUAUUAAUUUGCUUGUUAUUUUUGCUCCCUCCAUCUUGGGGAUCUUUGGCUUGAUUGGUGCCACCUCAGCUCCUUGCCUGAUAUUCAUCUUUCCAGCAAUAUUCUACAUCCGGAUCAUGCCCAGGGACAAGGAACCUAUGAAAUCCCUUCCCAAGAUCCUGGCAGCCCUCUUUGCAUGCCUCGGUGUGCUCUUCAUGAUCAUGAGCCUCAGCUUCAUUAUCAUCGACUGGGUAUCAGGUGGCAUAAAGAGUGGAGGCAGCCACUAGGCAAGAUCUGGAGCCCUAUGAUGCUCAACAAAGCCUUGGGAAACUCAGUUGGCUUGGAUCCAUUUCCUGCCCCCGACCUCUGUUAGUACUGUAUCAUUCUUUCAUCCCUGGUUCCAUUCUGAGCCAAGGUGUGGUGUUCCAUUACAAAAUCCUCACACUCACACUGAGCCAGAGGUGCUGCAGGCUGGACUAGACCAGAAGCCAAUCUCUAGCUCUCUGGGCAUUUGAUUUUCUCUCAAAGUCUGGGAUGGGCCAGACUAAUGGUAGUCUAAUGAGCAUAUAAACUGGAGAAAUAGCCCAUUUCAAGGGAUAGGGAGGGGGAGGCUGCUACGAUAUACAGUAUAUAUCCAGUUCUAUGUGUCCAGUUCAGCUGGCCCACACAGGGGGCUCAAAAGUCAGCAGGACCAGAAGAAAAUGGAGCAACUGUGCUAAAUAACUUGGAUGUAGGGCUCUCACCUGAUGUUCACUACUGAAUGGUUGACUUGGACCAAGCUUCAUAUUAUAUGAAUAUUACAUUGGGGCUACAGAAUGAAAGGUGAAGGCUUUUUAGAGCUUGAAGAGAUUUAGGAAAUAAAUAAUAAUCUUUCCUUUUAAAAAGUCCUAUUGGCCACAAUCCCAGCUCCAACCACAGAUCUUUAAUCCUCCUCAGAUGUCCCUUGGCAGUCCUGACUUUUUUCUCUCCCUUACACAGGUUCAGUUCCCUCUGAUAGAGUGUGAACAGCUGUCUGCCCUCUACAAUGAACUCCUUGCCACUUUUUUAGAUAGCCAUAGGUCUUAAAAUUGAUGGGGACAAAUUGCAAGAUUUCAGGCCUUCUGAACUAUCAGUUGUGAUAGGCUGAAGGCUUGCACUGGUUUCCAAGGAUCCAUUUACAUGUUCUGAACUACCAUUAAGUAGAUUAAGCAGAAAAGAGAUGAUGACACUGGAAUUUGGGCAAUAUAGCUCUCUCUCCUUAUAUGGAAAAGGGGACGUGGUGGCGCUGCGGGUUAAACCGCUGAGCUUGCCAAUUGGAAGGUCGGUGGUUCGAAUCCGCGUGACAGGGUGAGCUCCCGCUGCUAGUCCCAGCUCCUGCCAACCUAGCAGUUCGAAAACAUGCAAAUGUGAGUAGAUUAAUAGGUACCGCUUCGGCGGUCAGGUAACGGCGUUCUGUUUAGUCAUGCCGGCCACAUGACCAUGGAAGUGUCUACGGACAAACGCCGGCUCUUCGGCUUUGAAACGGAGAUGAGCACCGCUCCCUAGAGUCAGAUACGACUGGACUUAAUGUCAAGGGAAACCUUUACCUUUACCUACCUUAUAUGGAACUAAGCUUCAGUUUGGAUAAGAGAUGAUCCUGUUGUUCAUGUCUUCAAAACCUAACUUCUGUCCCUUUGUCCCACUGGGAAGCAAUAAUCACAAUUUUAAGAUUCUAUGUUAAUUAAGCUUUGUGUCCCAGGCUCCCACAUUAAAAAAUUAUUCAUCACUUGAGGCUAUGAAAAUGGGUCCCUCACCAAAUCUAGAGAUCAUCCGUUUCCAUCCUAUAAUGUAUAACAGUAGCUUCAGUUCCCCUCUACUGUGUGUAAGGGAAGAGUUACACUGUCACAAGGUAUUUAGUUUCUGUCACAUAUAGACAGAGAAAAGAAUGGUUGCAGUAAUAAUUACCAUAAAGGGACUACCAUUCUUCAAAUGAAUGUUGCGAAGAACAGUGAGAAACAACCAGUGGUGUGUUGAAGGCAGCUCAUACUGGCUUACAAGAGCUGAUUGUUAAGUUUUUUGAAAUUUUGCAAGCUGGUUGAGAGCAGAGCUGAGCCACAACGGCUAGCACACCAAUCAGCGGUUCAGUGGCUAGCCACACAGUGAGUAACGGUAAUGGAGCCAGCAAUGUCAUUGAGACCUGGAGGCACUGGAGGAGCUUGGCAGUAUAUUUCCCAGCAGCCAUAUUCCUAGAGGUAGCAAACACCUUGAACAGGCUCCUCCCCCUUAAUACUGCAUCAGCUUGAAAGAGCCUGUUGUUAUACAUUUACCAGAACACCACUGAAAAGCACCAUGUUGUCAGUAAAAAAUUCAGAUCUAAUCUUAAUAGUGAACUAUCAGAAAUAGUUGCAUUGCAUCUAAGGUGGAAAGGAUCCCUAUGGAAUUGGUAGUUCUGUCUCUUAUUCUUAGCAAUUAGUGCACAGAUUAUCUGUACCACAUCUAGUACAUUUUCAUCUGACUGCAACCAUGCCUUUAAUCAGUCUUUGACUUGAAAGAAUUAGCAUUAAAGUUUCUCAAAGCAGCUUUAGUUACAGUGGCCUGACUGAAAAGCUGACUGCUUUUGUUCAGUUAUGCAAUAGAAGGAACAGUGGCUUUCUUUGCUGUUAUAUAUAAUAAUGAGAUAAGAGUAACACUCUUCCCCUCCAAACGAAUGAAGAGUGGAUCAUUUAUGGUGGGUGAAUAACUACUAAUGAUAGCAUAGAGGAUGGAUGACUCUUCCAGCCUGGUACAUUUGACCACACUGGCUGGGGAAUUCUGGGAGUUGCGAUCCCAACCCUUUUAGAUGGCAUCAUAUUUGGGAAGGCUGGCUUUCAGGAUUCAUAAAUCAUUUAAAGCAUGAACUUAUGAGGCCUUGAAUAGAAAAGUAUAUGUCAUCUGAACAAUGGAUGACAUAUAGCAUGCAGGAUUUCAUGAAGCUGAGCUGAUUUCAGGAUGUACAAACUGUGGAAAACUUUGAUACCAAAACUGACGUAACAUUCCAAGGCUGGGAGAAACCAAUUCAACUUUUCCUCCCUGUAAUUAACACCCAUUUUACAUAGUAUCUAGGGCUUAGUCCUUGGAACAGGGGAACAAAGAUGCAAUUGGUUCUUACUGAGAUUUGAAGGAAGAUCAAGGGGCUAGUUGUCCUGCUGUGCUACAUCAGAGACUUGUGAAAAUCCUUUGAAGCUUUAUGGGUACUCUGAUGGUUCCCAGAUACAAACUGUCAUCUCUAGUCUGAAGGCAUAUUAUAUUCAGUACUUAGCCCUAAUAUAUAAUCCUUAUUAUGCAACAAGAAGCUGAUAAUGAUGUUUGCAAAAUUGUCCUACUUUUCUCUCAUAAUCCUGAAGAACAUUGUUCAUACCUUGCAACAUUCAGCAGAGAAAAGUAGCUCCUCUGGUUUUAUAGGAAGCAAUGAAAUACUUAAUAGUUAACAAUACUAAGCAAGUGAAAUGGAAUACAUUUCUUCCCUCUUGCCCUAUAGCUAGCACAUCAAAUCAAACAGUGUUAGAGGUUUUAAAGAUGCACUUUCUGCACUGGAUUACAAAAAUAUACUUUUUGUGUUCUACAAAUCCAACUGCACCAUAUAGAAUACUUCAGAACUUGAUGUGUAGCAGCACUUUUCCCCCAACACUGAUCCAUAUUGGAGCAAGUAACUCAGCAUUCCUGCAGCAUAUUUUCAAAAUGUCAGUGCUCUCCUAUAGAGUACAAAUUCAUGGAGAGUUGCAUUUAUGCAGGUACUGCAACAACUGAAUAGGUAUCUCAGGGCAGGUGGCCAUAGCUCCCCAUUCCAUAUUGGAUGUUCAGAUCUGCUGUUAAGGUAAACCAGAUAGCUGUGUUUCUGGGACUAAAAUCUCAGGCCGAAACAAGAUGCCUGAAGGAAUGCCUGAGAUGGAAAGCACUGGGCUUCUUCUGUUAGAGCACUUUGCCACUGACCGCUCUGCAGCUUUCUCCUGCUAUUACCCCCACGCAGAAGCACUUUAUGUAGGCCCUGCAUGGGGAAUUGCAACAGAAUCUCUCACUUUCCAUGCACAUCAACUUUCUGUGCACUUUCAGCAAUAACCUUUGUGCCAUGCCUGGUGUGCCUGGAACAGGAUUGCAGGGUGGGGGAUAACUAUGUGUCACAACUGUGUUGGAAAGUAGCAUUCACUCAGUUAACGUGAUACAUUGAAGUGGCUUGUCAGUUCUAGCGCCACAGCACAUAAAAGGCACUACUUGAAGCUGUACCGCCCUCUGCUGUAGCUUGAGACUCUUGCAGCUUCCAAUAAUUUGCACCUUGAAUGGCUGCUGUGGCUUUAUUCUUCUUUUAAUUAUCUCAAAGACAGGGUCGUACACAAAAGUGUCCCGAAAUUGGGUAUGUUACAGAUUGAAUGUGAGGGACAUAACUGAGCAAGUCAAAUCUUCAGAAGAAAUGAGUGUUGGUACCAGCAUCAGGAACAAGCUAUUUUCACUCUGAAAUCCUGGUCUAAGUCCAGCUGAAGACAUGGAGAACAGUUCCUCCCUGCUCCUGUCCUCAUGCUACCAAAUUCCCAAGCAAGUCCAAUUGAUCUUAAUGACGUUUGUAUAAUGGAGUAUUUCCACUUUGAAGUUGGUACAACAAGGCCUGCACUAGACACUAAACACCUUCUGCAUUAUUUCCAUGUAACCAAAAAAAAAAAAAAGCAAGCAGAUUAAUCACAUCUGUGAUCCUAAACAAAUAGAUUUCCUUUAAAUAGCUGGAACUCAUUUUUAAGUUGGUAGGCUAAGAAUGUUGUCUGAAAAGAAGAACAAAAAAAUAAUCCCCAUAUUCAUCCACACUGUAUGUGGGGUUCUGAAGUAGUUUAGCUCAACUUUUAGUCAACUUUUAGUUUUUCCCACUAUGUCUAUCAUCUUCAACCUUUUCCCCUUGCCAAAAGUCAUUUUAAAAAAGCCUCAUUCGUUCAUUCAUAUAUAUAAUGCAUCCAAUGAAUUUUAUGGUUGGAUUUUUGUUCAAACUAAUUUUAAAGUCAAUCAGUAAUUAUUUCUAGGGGUUAAUAACUAUAAUGCACAUAAUAAGAAACAUAUUUUUGUAUUGGGGUGGUGGCUGGUCAAUCUGCUUUUUAUAAAUACUGUAUAUAGGAGUAGAUCUUUUUUAAUGUAUUUGUUGUUGCACUCACCAAUUCUGUAUAGUGUACAUAUAUUAUGUUCUCAUUGAAGAUGGUCUGGAUACCAGAAGACCUGUCUGAGCUACAGAGAAAACUUGCUGCCAGGUGUGAAACUCAGGGUAGUAGGGGCUAUUUCUACAGCUUGGUGUCCAAUGGAAAGAGCAGUGAAGAGAGAACACUACGUCUGCAGUUACAAACAUUUGGGUCAGGUUGUUAUGAAUGGUCUGCAUAUUAAGCCCAAGCAUGGUAGAAGUCAGCUUGAAUCUUCUACCUGAUUUCUGAUAUUGAUACAGAAUAACAGUUAAGACCCACAAGUUAGCUGCAUUGCCUUGUGUAACUCCUGUCCAGCAGAAGCAUUGUGUGAUGGAGUAUCUAGCAGGCCUUGAGAACAAGGGAGAGAAAACAGGGCCAUUGCAAAAGAGACACCUCAGGCCAGGAGAAGGGGUGGGGUAGGGAAGCAUGAGACAGAGACUCAGAGAAAAUCCACCUUAAUUACGCUAAGUAUAAGUUGAUCUGGAGAAUUGCUUUAGUGGGCUUUCAAGAUGAAUGUGAAGCCCUGUGAGGCAGGCAAACUUGGAAAACAACCACUUGGGUUUCUGGAAAGAUCUUUAUCGUUAGUAGGAUAAGGUACAGAAUCUUGAAAGUCUAAAAAUUGCAAGGAAGGAGCAAAAUAAAUGUUGCAGCCUAAUGGCUUACUCUACAAGACACCAUGCUUGUGGCAUGCUAGGAACUACUAAAAGGUAACUAGUUACUUAUUAGUCCCUGUUGCCAAUUGACCAUUUGUGUAACCUCUUCAGGUCGUUCUCAAUGUUAGGCAACAUUAACUGUCUUUUAUGUCUUUUAAUAUUUAUUUAUUUUCUGUAACUUAGACUGGAGCUAGAGAUCAGGUUCCAAUGCUUGUUUGCAACCAGACCAAGAUUGGUUCUUUGGGAUGUCUGCACUGAUUGUGACCAUGAGGUCCAUUGUUAUCAGCAAAAAGAUUGGGUAGAAAUGGAAGAGAAAAAAUACAGUAAAGGUGUACAUUGACUGAUGCAAGCACUCAUGCGGAGUCUCAAGGGCUCAUGCGGAGUCUCAAGGGCUCUUUCUCCCUCCUUUCCUUUUCCAAACCGACAGAGGUUUCAGAGGGGGUAGACUAUAUCUGCCCUUCCAGUGUGCAAACAGUAAGCAAGUUGUGCUGCCUAGCUCAACAUAGAUUAAACAUCAGUAUCUCAGUCUCUGGGUGCAUUGCACAAUAUGCUUAAGCAGAUGAAUUAAAGAUUUAAUGGUGAUGCCGACACAGCAUAGCUUGGUUAGCAUUAACCUGGGGCUUUUGUUUUUUGUGACUUAAGUGUUGUGCAAAUGAACCCAGCCAAUUGGUUCAUUUGCAAUGCAAUGUAUUGUGCAAAACUCCGAAAACUAGUUAAUUCAAGAGCCAGGUUGAGCAUGUUGUGUGAACACAGCUUAUGUGUCAUAAGAUAUACAACACAGAAAUGUACUUCUGAAGAAAAAGGACAAAAACCUUUCUCUGGGGCUCCUUUGCCCAAAGAAUGUGGGAUGUCUGCUUUCCCCAGGGGAUGAAGCAGUGCCUGGCAUUAGUCCUAUCCUCUCUGUAUCCCUCUCCUUUUCGUCUCUGUGUUCCGUGUCACAAAGCAACAGGAGAACUUUUCUGAAAGAGUCCUAUUUCUAGAACAGUUUUAAAUUAUAUGUAGAAAUUAGAUCUAUAUUUGGAAAUGAAACAGAUCUUUUAAAAUAACAAUAAAGAAAAUGUGAAACCUUUA